AUGGCCCCAAAGCUGCUGUUGCUCCUCUGCCUGUUCUCGGGCUUGCACGCACGAUCCAGAAAGGUGGAAGAGGAUGAAUAUGAAGAUUCUUCAUCAAACCAAAAGUGGGUCUUGGCUCCAAAAUCCCAAGAUACAGAUGUGACUCUUAUUCUCAACAAGUUGCUGAGAGAAUAUGAUAAGAAGCUGAGACCUGAUAUUGGAAUAAAACCCACCGUAAUUGAUGUUGACAUCUAUGUUAACAGCAUUGGUCCUGUGUCAUCAAUAAACAUGGAAUACCAAAUUGAUAUAUUUUUUGCCCAGACCUGGACCGACAGUCGCCUUCGGUUCAACAGCACAAUGAAAAUACUUACUCUGAACAGCAACAUGGUGGGGUUAAUAUGGAUUCCAGAUACAAUAUUCCGCAAUUCCAAAACUGCAGAGGCUCACUGGAUCACCACCCCUAAUCAGCUCCUCAGAAUUUGGAAUGAUGGGAAAAUCCUUUACACUUUAAGGCUCACCAUAAAUGCAGAAUGCCAGCUGCAGCUGCACAACUUCCCCAUGGAUGAGCACUCCUGCCCGCUGAUAUUCUCCAGCUAUGGCUACCCCAAAGAAGAAAUGAUUUAUAGAUGGAGAAAAAAUUCGGUUGAGGCAGCUGAUCAGAAAUCCUGGCGGCUUUAUCAGUUUGACUUCAUGGGCCUCAGAAACACCACAGAAAUUGUGAAAACAUCUGCAGGUGAUUAUGUUGUCAUGACUAUAUAUUUUGAAUUGAGUAGAAGAAUGGGAUACUUCACUAUUCAAACAUACAUUCCUUGUAUACUGACUGUGGUUUUAUCCUGGGUAUCAUUUUGGAUCAAAAAAGAUGCUACACCAGCAAGAACAGCAUUAGGCAUAACCACAGUGCUGACCAUGACCACACUCAGCACCAUAGCCAGGAAAUCCUUGCCUCGUGUUUCCUAUGUGACAGCCAUGGACCUCUUCGUGACCGUUUGCUUCUUAUUUGUCUUUGCUGCUUUGAUGGAGUAUGCUACCCUCAACUACUAUUCAAGUUGUAGAAAACCAGCUAGCACUAAGAAAAAGACAUCGUUACUAUAUCCAGAUUCCUCAAGAUGGAUUCAUGAACGCUUAAGUCUACAAGCCCCCUCCAACUAUUCUCUCCUUGAUAUGAGUCCACCACCACCGGCAAUGGUUACCCUAAACAAUUCCGUGUACUGGCAGGAAUUUGAAGACACCUGUGUCUAUGAGUGUCUGGAUGGGAAAGACUGUCAGAGCUUCUUCUGCUGCUAUGAAGAAUGCAAAUCAGGAUCUUGGAGAAAAGGGCGUAUUCACAUAGACAUCUUGGAACUAGACUCAUAUUCUCGGGUCUUUUUCCCUACAUCGUUCCUGCUCUUCAACUUGGUCUAUUGGGUGGGAUAUCUGUAUCUCUAA